CUGCCAGUAGCAAACUUUGAUGAAUUUUUCAUCUUUUCGCUGUAUCGCGUAGACAGUACAACUAAAAUCGCCCACGGCCAAGCAUGUGCUACACUGUACCCAAAAUUAACUCUCUUCACGUAGACACCCAGUCUUUCGAUCGCCCACAUUUUCACCGUGAAUUUUGUUAGUAUUUUAAACAAUUUUUGGUCAGAAAAAUGUCGCCGGAUAAAGUGAUUUUAUAUGAUUAUUUCGCCAGUAAUUGUGCGUGGCGCGUACGGACGGUGCUGCAGUGGAAGAAUAUCCCGUAUGAAACGGUGACCGUUGAUCUCGUUAAGGGUGAACAGAAGACGCCGGAAUUUCUGAAGAUUAAUCCAUACGGUGCCGUGCCGGUACUAUAUAUCGACGGACAGUACAUCACGCAAUCCAUCGCCAUCUGUGAAUAUUUAGAGGAGACCCGGCCGGAAAAUCCCAUUUACCCGAACAAUUUAACACAGCGUGCGCGGGUCCGGGAAAUUGUGGAGAUUAUCAACUCCUACUUGGUACCGCUGCAGAAUCCCACCACGGCCAAAAAGGUCGAGCAAGAUAGCGCUUGCAGUGAUCCCAACGAGCAGCGCGCCUGGUCCCUGGAGUUCUUCUACAAGGGCUUCGUAGCGCUGGAGCGCCUGGUCGCCAAGUCCAGCGGGCGCUACACGGUGGGCGACACGGUGACCUUUGCCGAUAUGUGCCUCGUGCCGCAGGUGUGGCGGGCCAAGCGCUUAAAGCCGGAUUUCACACAGUUCCCCACGAUCUGCCGGUUAUACGAGGAGCUGUUGGAACUGAACGCCUUCCGGUUAGCGCACGCGGCCAACCAUCCACACUGCCCCGCGGACAUCAAAGCGGAUGCGUGUCUAGCGAUUAAGUCCGAUUAGAUUAACGCCCAGACGUUGAAAUAUAUUUUCUUGUUAUAUAUGUAUGUUGUUGACAGUGUUUGAAUUAUGCUGUUACCGCUUAAACGGAGGAUUCAGUAUGCUCGAAUUGCAGUACAGUUUUUGUGCGCAUAAAACAUUGUUAGAGUGAUUAGCGUUCGUUGAAUGUACAUGUCGUACUUCCGCUUUAUGUAAGUCUAUCGCGAUACUUAUAAAAAUCUC